GCGCGGGGCACGUGCCCGUCCUGUCCGCCGUUCACGCUCCACGCUCGACCCAGAUGUGCCAGGGCUGCGUCAGCCCGGUGGUGGCCUUCUCGUGGCUCGGAGGGAUUCUGAUCAACGGCUCCUUCAUCUGGCUCAUCUCGUUGGGCACGGCAACCCACUGGCCGCUCGGGCUGGUCUUGGCGAUCUUGUACACCUGCAUCCUCUUCGGCGUCGCCAGUCGGCUGAUGCGCCGCGAAGAGCCGGCCUUCAUCGUCGACAUCUUCCUCCUCCUCGGCGUGAUAGGCGUCGCAUCGAGUGGCGGCAUCCUCGCCAGCAACAUUUUCACGUCUGGCUGCGGCCCCCAUGACGGCCCCCCGAGACCCAUCGCGACUUGGAGUUCUCCAACCACCAAUUUGUCGCGCGACGUGAUGAUAUGGGCGCAGCGCACGUCGUGGGAUGCGGGCUCAACCUUCGUCUACGAGCCGGUCGGCGCUGCUCUCUUCUUCCGAGGCCAACGUGCAAGCGGUCGCGGCGAGGCACUCUGGCGCAGCACCGCCGGCUCGGCGUCGCCCGUGCAGCUCGACGGGUCGUUUGUCCGGCCGCACGGUCUCGUGGCUGUGGGCCAGCAUGUGUGUUUCGUCGCGCACACCAACACCUCGUACGCCGACGCCGUUUACUGCUACGCUUCAGACGGCCUCUCGUACACGCGCGUGAGCGGGAGGAAUGGCGAUGAGCCUCGCAGCCCGCGCUCGCUGCUUGCGACACCCGAUGGCUCGCUGUUCUUCAAAGCGUGGGCCCCCUUUGGUCGCACGCCUUCGGAAGGCGUGGUCUACCGCGCCGACCCACCCUUCACGACCGCGGAUCUCCUCUCGCGGCGUAAGGGCGGCGUCUUUCCGCCGCCGCCGCCGCCGCCUCCCGCUGCGCCGGGCGCCUCGCCUCCGCCACUGCCACCGCCUGGCUGUGACAGCGAGGCAGGCGUCCGCACGAUGGCUGUUGGGCUGCUCGGGCUGGCGACGCUGCCGGCGCUGCUCGUAUCGCUCUUCAUCUGGUGGCGCCUCAAGGCCCCGUCCAUGGCCCUGGCCACAUUCGUGAGCGUCUCAGCGCUCGCCAUCAACGUCUACGCCAUCAUCGCGCCGGGCGGCGCCGCGAGCGCGGGUGACUUCGUGCAGUGGUGGUUCUUGUGUGCGGGCGCGGCGUUCCUGCUCCUCUUCAUCUCGCUCAAGCUGCAGAACCGUGUCGACAACAUCACGUUCCGAUGGGCCCUCGACGUGGGCUGCAUCGCCUACGCCGGCGCCAUGCUCGCAAUCCUGCACGUGCCUUUCACCGACAUGGCGUGGCGGUGGGUCGUCUACCAGUUCACCUUGCUGCUGCCGAUGCUGCUGCUCUCCGCCGUGGCCGCGUCGACAACCACCGGCUUGCCGCUCGUGCUCGCCUCGGCCGCCGUCUUUGUCGAUGCUUGGAGGCUCACCGUCGAGCUGACGCGGCUCCUGGGCUCGUCCAGCCUGGCCACCCUCGCCACCGUCGUCAUGCUUGGCUUGGUGGGCCUGCUCCUGGUCUUUGCGGGGCUGGCGUACGACCGCCACAAGGACAACAUCGCCGCCGCCGUCGACGCCGUCGCCGAGAGGGCGUGCGGGCCGUGGCGCAAGCGGCCGCCCCCGCCGCCGGAGCCCACACACGCAUCCGCCUCGGCCAGUAGGGCCCCCAAGGUGCUUGUGUGAGGGAGAGGGGUUUUGCACGGGGCCCAUGUGCGUUUCUUUCAGACCAGUGCGGCGCCGCACGUCUUUCCCUUCACUUCCCCGGAGGGGGGCGGCGCGGCGGCGGGACCGCUCUACGAGCUGGUUCAAGCUGUUGAGUUGUCCUUGUCAGCCCUCUGUUGUCCGUAUGUAUGUAUGUAGGAAGGUGAAGAACAGUCA